ACAUACGCAUAAAAAAGAUCGCGACAUGACGGCGCCACCACUGACACUUAGGUGUCUGCUGUUUUUGGUGGAACCCUGAAAUAGUACAAACAUACACACCGCGCAUAUCGUACGGCCAUGUACAAUAGUCAGCACGUCGAGGGAUUUGAUCAGCCUCCACCUCAAUACCCAUCGUAUGGUUACAACGAUUGCUUCAACUGGAACGGUGCCCGGUGGGUACUGGCUGCGGAAGGUGUUUUACCGCCCGAUGCGGUUGUCGGGGGGUUCGAAGGAGAACCCACCUACAUCGGAAGGGCAAAGCACGGAAAAUCGAUCGUACCAGGACGGGUGAUUCCUUCGAAGAAAGCUUGCCUUAUCGGGCACGAUCAUGUAGAGGUCGCAAAACACGAUUACCAGGUGCUGUGCGGGUUCGAGGGUAAAUUCGUACAAACGUCUGGUGGAUACGUUCCGAUCGGUUCCCUGCAGGCUGGUGUGACGAAGCAAGGAAAACCGUUAUACAUUGGGCUGGUACGGUUAGGUUUGUUGUCGGUUCUGGGACGAAUAGUGCCGGAAGACUUUUGCUGUUACGCCAUUGUUGGCCAGUAUGAAAGACGUUUCAAAGACUAUGAGAUAUUUGUAUCUACGGCGGAAUAUCCGUAUCAGCCCUUCGCAAUGUAUAACCAACAAUGGCCUUAUCAUGUUACCCACAACAUACCCUCGACCGGGUACAACGAAAGUGUCCACUGGGACAGCGCCCGCUGGGUGCAGGCGGCGGAGGGAUUGGUACCGCCGGAUGCGGUGGUCGGUGGAUAUGAAGGCGAACCAACGUUUAUAGGCCGGGCUAAGCAUCGUGGAUCGAUCGUACCGGGCCGGGUGGUACCAUCGAAGAAGGCUUGCUUCGUCGUGUGGGGUGGCGAAGAGCACGAGAAGCACGACUAUCAGGUGCUGUGCGGGUACGAAGGAAGAUUUGUACGCAUCGGCAGAGGUUACGUUCCGGAAGGUGCGCUACGGGGCGGUGUCAGCGAGCAGGGCAAUCCCCUUUACAUUGGGCUGGUGCGUUUGGGUCUUACCACGCUUGUCGGUAAAGUGCAGCCCGAACACUUAUGCUGCUACGUCGGAAUCGAUGGUGUUGAGAGAGCAUUUACCGAGUACGAUAUAUUUGUUUCCAUGACGACAGCUACAGCGGUCAACUGAAUUCUCCUGAACUGAAGUAUGCAAGUGUCACCUUCACGAACACCGCCUGCUUAAUAACUGUGUUCUACCUCUAAGCAAUGGAAUAAAUUAUUCACGAUUUACAAGCA